AUGAGGAGUUCUAAGAAAACAAUAACCAAAAGAAAGGCUCCACCGAAAAAAAGGCAGAGAGGAGGCAAAUUUGACAUUCAAAACUGGAUUGCAAAGUUAGGAGUGGAAUUUCAUCCUUAUUCUUUAUCUAAAAAGAAACGUUAUCAAUUCUUAGAACCAGGCACAUUUUUGAAAAAACGCUUGGAUCGAGGGGAUCAGGGCAUCAAUCGUUUGGAUCGCAUUGCCAGACGGCACGACAUUGACUACUCUAAGGCCAAGAGUCUAGAGGAUAAAUGGAAAGCCGACGAUAAGAUGGUAGCCUCUAUUAAAAAUCUUCCUGGCAAGAAAUCACUGAUGGAACACCUGGCGCGUUACAUUAUACAAACUAAGAAACAAUUGAAAUUGUAA